AUGACGCUCACCACCAGUAAAUUUCGCUCAUCUACUAACUUUCUAGUGUCAACUAUCCUCGACUACGACCUGAUCGUCAUUGGUGGUGGUUCUGCUGGGCUGUCAUGUUCGAAAGCCGCUCGAGAACAUGGUGCUCGUGUUGCCUUAGUUGAUGGAGUUUUGCCAAGUCCACAUGGUAACACAUGGGGCAUCGGGGGAACGUGCGCGAAUGUGGGAUGCAUCCCGAAGAAACUCAUGCAUCACGCCGGAAUUGUAAGCAAGGAAAUUCAACAUGCUUCGAAAUACGGAUGGUUGGACGUUGAAAAAGGGGAACAUUCUUGGCCUUCUUUGGUGCAAGCCGUCAACGAUCGUAUCAAAGCGAAUAAUUGGAUAUACCGGGUUCAAUUGAAUGAAAAAGGUGUUAAACUCUACACGGCUUUUGCUUCAUUUCUCAAUAACGACACAGUUAAAACAGUUUCUGCUGAUAAAAGAAAAACAGAGGAUUGUGUUAAAAUGGUCAUGGAGAAUUUAAAGUGCCAUGGUGUGAAUGUAAUUUACGAGAAGGAAGUCAGCAAUGUGGAACUUGAUGGCGGAACAAAAAAGGUGUCCUUCCGUAGCGUUUGCAAUGGGGUACACUCAUCGGGUGGUUCAUAUGAUGCUGUUAUUUGGGCCAUAGGUCGCGAUCCAUUGCAUGGUGAAUUGAAUCUGGCUGCUGCUGGUGUCAAAACAGACCCAUCGAGUGGGAGAAUUAUAGUGGGAAGUGACGACAGCACUUCGGCAAAAAACAUCUAUGCAAUAGGCGAUGUCGCUCAGGACCGUCCAGAAUUGACACCGACCGCUAUUCGAGCUGGCCAGUUACUGGCCAACCGUUUAUUCAACGGUAAAAACCAAUUGAUGGACUACAGUAAUAUUCCCACUACCGUAUUCACUCCAUUGGAACUGGGCACAGUUGGAUACAGCGAGAAACGAGCUAUCGAACGAUUCGGAUUAGAUGAAAUUGAGGUCUACCAUUCACACUUUACACCCUAUGAGUACGUUAUUCCUCAAGAUCCCGACGCAGCAUAUUGCUAUGCAAAGACUUUGAAGGAAAACUACACACCAGCAAAGUACCCUCAUGUUAGUGGAAAAAGCCAAUUGCUUUGGCUGUUUACAAAACUCUCACCAUUACAAAUUCUAAAAUCUGAUGUCAUGAAAGGAAACGAAACAGACUAUGGAUUUUUCGUAGUUGACCGAACUGAGUCGAUUAGUCUCGAUGCUGAGGAUGUUGCUGAGUUGGACAGCUCUUUGUUGACUGAGAAGUGCUCUCGAUAUCAUGAUGAUGGAGGAUCGUCAGAAAAGAAGUUUCGCGCUGGUCGUAUAAGUGAUGAGCUUAGGAACGCACUUGGUAUAGGAAAACACGAUAUUCCAGAAUAUAUUUAUCGGAUGCGCAGAAUGGGCUUCAUUGAUGGUUACCCACCGGGUCACUUGAAAAAGGCCAUUGAACAGGAUGAGUCAAGUAGGACUUUACAAUUUCACAUGUUGGAUGACAAACAGUCAUCUAGUGAAAUGGUAGAACGACCAGAUUCGCCACCGCCGAAAAUUAAUGCCGAAAAAAUGAUUUACUAUUGCGGCUUCAACCAGAGCUAUCGUGAGCUAAGAGAUCGUGAGAACUUCCGAAUACCGCCGUUUCAUGAAUUUGUUGCAUAUCACCAAGAAUAUUUGAAUCAGACCCAUGCGAAAAAACUCGAAGAGCGACGAAGUAAGCGAACUAGAAAGGUUAAACCGGCAAUGAAGCGACGGGGUGGUUGUCCAGAAGAAGACGAAGUCGUGAUUCUCGAUCUGCCUCCUCCACCACCUCCACUAUCUUUUCCCAGUAAUGGUGAUGGUAACGGUGAUGGUGAUGAUGAUGAUGGUGAUGAUAAUGAUAUCGAGAUCAUCUACUGUGGAUCUAGCAAGGGUUCUUCGAUAAACGUAAUAAUGGGUACGCCAAUCUUGACUCGUCGUCGUGUUAACGACAAUGGCGCUGAAGCUGAGCAGGAUGAGUCAACGACGCCUUCACUAGAAAGUUUCAGGAAAGGUGUAGUACCAUUUGAAGCUCGUGAGGAGCCUACUCCUCAUAAAGGCUUCUUGAGAAGGAUAAUGAGUAAAAUAAGAAAGGCACGUCCUAAUUAA